CAGUAGGCCAAUAUUACAACUUGGCCAGAGUAAUUUAUAACAUAUAUGUAAUGGUGUCAGUCCUCAACUCGAAAAGAAACAGCACCACUACAACAACAUUACCCAUAGAGAACACCCUGAUCAGCUUACAGCCACUUCAUUAUUUAUGAACAGCAUGGACAAACCUGAGCAGGUAGCACCUCUGCAAUCUCAUUUGGCUUGGAAUAGGCCAGGAUGUUGCCACGGCCAAAGGCGUCUGGAAUUCAAACAAACUGUGAGGUUGGAUUAAUCUGCAGUAAUGUUUGCAGCAGCGACUAAGAAUUUUGUGAAGCAGGUGGGGGACACAGGUCGACUAAUCUCUGUUCCGAGCCUGAGUGAGGCGGACCGAUACCAACCCCUCAGUCUGGUGACGAGAAAGAAAAGACGACAUUUUUGGAAGAAGACAAAAUAUGCCUCAACCCCUUUCUCACUUAAAGACAUACUCGUGGGAGAAAAGGAGAUCACCGCAGGGGUCUCCUCUUAUCAGCUCCUUAACUAUGAAGACAAGUCUGAUGUGGCACUAAAUGGUCGUCUGGGUAAUCAUUUGAUGCACGACGUGGGCGUCAACGUGAGUGGUUCAGAUUCAGUGGCAGUAAAAGCUUCCUUUGGAAUCGUGACCAAGCAUGAGGUCGAGGUUCCCACUUUACUGAGGGAACUCAACUCAAGGAAAGUUGACCUGGAUCACUGCUUGAUCCGUCAAUCCAAAGAAAGUGGGCGGACUAUCCUGUGUGUCGUCAUGGAGAGCAUCCGCACUACACGACAAUGCUCUCUAACGGUCCACGCUGGAAUGCGUGGAACCACCAUGAGGUUUCAGAUAGAUGACGGUCGAAAUCCUAAGGGUCGAGAUAAAGCCAUUGUUAUUCCAGCCCACACAACCAUAGCAUUCAGUGUGUUUGAGCUCUAUGUUCGUCUAGAUGGACGACUUGACAUAUGUGUAGCACCGGAGUCAGUGGGAGGGUUCGAGAGGGAACAAAUACGUGAGCAGCUGGGAGGAUUCAUUGGGCGCUUUUCCGUGGGAAGACUCAGGAGAUUCCUGUCAGGAAUCAUCUAUGGGAAUCCUUUCAGAGCAGAUGACAGAACAUUUGAGGAGCUCACACAUUCUGACAUGUACAUGGAUGACGUCAUGACCCUACGAGACGACUACUACGAGAAGGCCGCCAGCAUGACUGACCUGUCCACCUCUUACCUGAGGGAGGAAAAGCACACGCGUGUGAACCUUCUCAACCAUAACAUACCAAAAGGGCCAUGUGCCCUGUGUGGCAUGGGGCAACAGAAGCGUGAAACUGUCUAUGGCUGUCUUGAGUGUUCCUCAGGAGGAAACAAAUACGUCCGUUUACACGCCGUACCAUGUUUUGACCUCUGGCACAAAACCGUGAGGUGAUGAAUGGCUUGAAGGAACUUCUAGAAAAAUAUUAUAAGUGACAUGCUCAUGUUUAAUUCCUGCCAUCGAGGAAAGCAAGAAUUUGAUUGGUUAAUAUCAUGGCAUUAUAACAAACAACUUCACCACUCAAAAAUGAGGAAUUUGGUUUCAAAUUAUUGGUUUGAUUGAUUUAGAUUUUUCUUACUUUGGCAUUAUGAGAGUUCAUCUUGUUUGCUGACUAUAUUAGUUGGAAAAUGGCAAUAAUGCACAUACAUAUAUAGGCUAGUAAAAUACAUACAUGCAGAGAUUAAGACGCUAAACAUGACUAUCAAUGGUGCUAAACUGUUCAAUGUUUACAUGUUAUCCAUUACAUCUUUACAUUUUAAUCCUAAUGUCAAUUUAUUUAAGUUUUUAUUAGGACUCGUGCACUUAGAUGGGCAAGAUAGUAAAGAAGCAAGAACUGAUACUCUUUUACAUUAUAUGAGGACCAGCUGCUAAGUUCUCAAACGCACACAACCUGAAUAAUUCAGGGAUAUCAAUAAAUGAUCCUGUGGGUCACAUGAUAACAGAACAGGAAGUGCAGAAUGGACAGGUGUCCACUGUGAAACAUACACCACGUUUCUGUUUUCAAGGUUACAAUUGUGCGUUUAUUUGAAACCAGUAGUCACAGCCGUGUAAUAGAUGGAAAAAGUACAUUACUUAAAUGUAGGCCUAUCGCAUUUAGGUCAAGAGUACCGAUUAAAUGAUGUCUCUACAAACGUGUGAUGUCUGCUUUGGUUUGUCUGGUCUACCAUCAGUUUUAUAUUUACAUUUUACGUGUCUAAUAGAAAAAGACUGUGAAAUUUGUGAUUAAUGAUCAAAAACAAGUCAGGACU